AUGAAAGUCUAUAUUACCAUAAAGUUUGGUCAAGAUCUUAUUUUUGCCUCUCUUCUCUUCUUCUUGCUUCUCUAUCCUUCUCUUGGUGUUGAUGUUGUUGGUACUGGUACUGGUGCUGGUGCUUUGAACUCUGCUCUCUUCCCUCCUGCUCCUCCUCCCCCCAACUAUUUUCGCAUUUUUGACCAUUUGGCAAGUCUUUUCUCUGACUCUCACUUCCUCCUGUCUAAUCCUCUCCUUCUAGCUCCCUUCCCUCCUCUUCCCUCAAGAAUUUUCGCAAUUUUCACUAUUUGUUCUCUUGCCUCUUCCUCCUGUAAUUUUCGCAUUUUUGCCUGUUUUGUAGUUAUUAGUUUACAUGUAUUGUAGUAGUUGAAAUAUAAUUUGGUAAUUUUCGCUUU